UUCACUUGCUUUGUCUCCAUUUCUGCAAGUAUUUCCAACGUUGCUGAAUCUUGUUUAUACAUAAACAGCAUGAGUUUCACGGUUCGUGCCGCUCUACUGCAAUCAUCUCGUAUAACUUACAUCUUAGAUGACAUAUGAGCCUGCAUAGAAGAUAAAUAUCAGAUUUAAGAAGAACAUACUUCAUAGGACAAUUUUAUUUCUAAUAGCCAUUCAAUGUUCUUUCAAAAACAACACAAGUCCUGCACUAUUAGUUCUGUCCUAUGUCUUUCUGUGGCUAUGAAUGAAACUGUAAAUCUUUUACUUUUCUGAACUAUCAGACUUAAGAUUUCUGCCUGAAAAAUGAAAUAACAGGUGAUGAUAACUUCCCGUAUUUUUCAGAUAUCGCUUCUUUUUGAUCCAUAACUGAUUGAAUGCACUUUUAUCAGGUCAAUGAUGCCCUGGGAAAGGUCAUAUCAUGUCCUGACCUGGUGACCAUGGUUCUCAGAUUCAGAGAUCGGACAAAUCUCAUGGAAUGUGAAACUGCUUAUGAGGUAAAACCAUGUAGUUUUACCAGUUUGAAGCUGCAAUAUGCCGAAGAAAGCACUGUGGAUGCAGAUACCAAGACAGGAGGAAGCUGUCCUCUAAGGACACACACCACCAUGUAAUUUUAUUCCAUGUUGGCUUGAAACCUCACAGCAGUUCAGGAACUCACGUUCCAUAGAUCUUUCAACUUCUGUUCCGUUCAUCAGUCGUAUGAAGCUGGCAGCAUGAGGCAGCGAACAGUGGCGAUGUAUGUGGAGAUCGGUUGCUUUUUGUUGUGUUUAAGUGGCUGGAUUUUGAUCUGUUCCACUCUGGCCACUGAGUACUGGACCUUCUCGGAGGUCGGCUCUGUGGUUCUGACCACCGGUAAUUACUAUUCCAACCUCUGGAUGGACUGUGUCUCAGACACCACAGGAGUAUCUGACUGUAAAUACUACCCCUCCAUGAUGGACCUGCCUGUUUUCCUCCAUGUAUGCAGGGCCCUGGCUGUCGUCUCUGUGAUCUUUGGCUUCUGGGGGGCUGUUCUUGCCCUCAUUGGGAUGAAAUGUACCAAAAUCGGAGGUUCUGAGCUCACCAACACCAGAGUUACAUUUGCAGCAGCGUUGACGUACAUGGCAUCUGGAUUUUGUGGUAUGAUAGUGUACUCCUGGUGGGGAGAUAAAGUGCGUUCAAACUUUGUGGAUCCAUAUUACUUGGAACAGAAGUUUGAGUUCGGUGCAGCUCUUUUCAUCGGCUGGGGAGGUUCGUGUCUGGUUAUAUGUGGGAGCGCAGUCAUGUGCUAUUCCUCUGUGAGAAAGUCAUUCCCACGAAGGUUUACCAAGAAACCCAGGAGAACCCCAACCUACAUGACAGCACGCACCAGACGGACGUACAUGCUGCCGGGCUCGUCCAGACCCACAACAGUCAUCAUCUCUCCUUCACACCAAUCAUACAGCGUGAACAGAGAAAACAGACAGAGUAGAGGGAGGAGAGGAACACAAGAAAGCCAGUUUCCAAGAACUGUCAGGCCCCUCAUUGACUCGACUGUGUAACUCAAUGUUUAAAAACAUAACUUAGACAAUUUCCAAUGCUUUAUCCAUUGCGAUACAGCAGGAUGCUUGUCA